AUGGUAAGCACGAGCACAAACGACUCUCACCUUAAUUCUGUAGCGAGGAUCCCAGCCAGCAAAGGCAUCGAUGAUGUAGACUUUUUCUCUGGUUCUGAGGUAGUCGAUGGCUCUGCUCUUGGAAAUCUUCCAAGUCUGUUCGUCCACCUUCUUGUUGACCGGUCCCCACCAGAUGUUCUCUGUGGAAGACUCCUCGUCAACGAUUCUCUUGUCCUUUGGAGACCGUCCUGUUUUGGAGCCAGAAUAAGCGAUCAGGGCACCAGAAGAGGAAAUCGAGGUGCCUUUCUCCUUCAAUCCGUCCUCGUACAAGAUUGGGAAAGAGGAGUUGUAACGGAUGGUGGCCUCUGGGUUCAGACCCAAAGUGCUUGCAACGGAGUCUCUUCUGCUCUUUGGCUGGAAUGGGAUGCCAUUUUCUUGAGCAAGAGACGAUUCGUAUUCUCUGUGGAGGUCAACUGCGGUAGGAGCCAUGGUUAA